AUGUCGGACCAAACAUUAUGCAUGUUAGGAUGUGGUAAUCUCGGUACUGCCAUCCUACAGAGCCUCCUAGACGCCCCUCCCAACUCGUUGUGUGGCAUCACCCAAUUCAUCGCCUGCGUUAAGAGCGAACAGUCAGAAAGCCGACUCAAACGCCUGUUCUCUCAACACCAAAAUGUUCGCAUCAUGCGAAACGAAAAUUUAGCCGCUCUCAGAGAUUCACACGUGACCAUUCUGGGCGUCGAUCCGUCACAAGUAGAGGCAACACUAGAAGGAAACGAGAACGAGCAGUCAACCGGCUGGGGACCGCCCAUUGAGAAUGCGUUAAUGGGAAAACUGCUGAUCAGCAUCGUAGCGGGCUGGACGCGUCCAGCUAUUGAAACGCUGAUCAACUCCGAGACGGAUUUAAUUGACAGCCGUUAUCCUGAUGCAGAAAGAGCAUGGGUUUUACGCACCCUCCCCAACGUAGCGGCGCUUGUUUCGCAAUCCAUGACUGCCAUCGAAGACCAUCCCUCGCCUUUAUUCCCACCGCAGUUCAAAGACAUAGCAACAGCCAUCUUCGCGCAAAUCGGAAAACCCAUGUUCAUACCACCCGCUCUUAUGCCCGCCACAACAGCCGUAGCAGGCUCCACACCCGCAUUCUGGGCCAUCAUCGUCGACAGCCUCGUCGACGCCGCCGUUGCUGUUGGGGUACCACGCAAAGUGGCCCAGAAGCAGAUCUACCAGAGCAUGAGGGGCAGUGCGGAGAUGCUUCAGAGUGGGAUACAGCCGGGCGAGCUGAGGGAUAUGGGAACGAGUCCGGAGGGGUGUACGAUUGCGGGGGUUAUGGUGCUGGAAGAAGGUGGAGUGAGGGGUGUGUUGGGGAAGGCGUUAAGGGAGAGUGUUACGGUUGCUAGGGCGAUGGGGAAGGUUGGGGAGAAGGGUAGGGAGGUGCAUGUUAAUGAUACUAGGAAGAUCUAG